AUGCCUCCCUGCCUCUCCUCCCCCGCUACCCUCACCCCCUGCCUAAAGCCUCCAGAUGAGGAAGAUGGGCGUUUCUGCUCUGGAUCCUACCUGUACCUGUUCUCCCUGGGCCUCAGCCUCCUCCUGUUUGUCAUCAUCUGUGUGAUCGGAUCACAAAUUUCCAAGCUCCGUUGGGACCUGAUGACCCUAAGAACAAUGUCCCUCAAUUUCACAUCGAACAUGACAGAUGAGAUCAAGGCACUGAAAAUCGAGGCCCAAAGCUUGAAGGACAAGGUGACUACUCUGGAGAACAAGCUGGAUACACAGAUGCAGGAACUCAAAGCAGAUUAUUCCAGCAUGUUCCCGGCAGUCCAGCAGCUGGUAAAAGACCUGAAGUCCCUGUCUUGCCACAUGGCUGCUCUCAAGAGCAAUGGCUCUCAGAAUACCUGCUGUCCCAUUAACUGGAUGGAGCAUGAAGACAGCUGCUACUGGUUCUCGCGCUCUGGGAAGUCCUGGCACGAGGCACAGAAGUACUGCCAGCUGAAGAAUGCCCAACUAGUGGUGGUCACUUCCCAGGAGGAGCAGGAUUUUAUCCAGUCCCACACAAGCUCUAUGAACCACUGGAUAGGCCUCACCGAUGAAAAUGGGCCCUGGACAUGGGUGGAUGGUACUGACUACCAGACAGGCUUCAAGAACUGGAGGCCAGAACAGCCAGAUAACUGGUACGGGCAUGGCCUUGGAGGAGGCGAGGACUGCGCCCACUUCACUGACAAUGGUCGCUGGAACGAUGAUGUCUGCCAGAGGCCCUACCGCUGGGUCUGUGAGACAAAGCUGAACGGCACCAGCUAG